AUGUUGUCUUAUCGGUUUGUGAUCUCCACCGCUGUUCUGAUGGCUGGUGUCAACUGCCUAAAGAUGAUGAGCAUUGAGAAGGCCACGGUACCGUUACUCGCUGCAGAAGAGUUGGAUGAUAGCUCGGCUGAUCUGUGGUGGUCAGAAGGAGCGUUCGACGAUUGCGAUGGCGCAUUACCCUACGUCUACGAAAAGGAUGAGUACUUCGUACGAUUCUCCGAACCAGUCGCUAAUGGAUACCUCACACUUGAGGAGUUGAGAUGCCCCAGCACUACUCAGUCUCCCAUUGGUUAUAUCUUCCCUGAUGGUCUCGAGUGGUUCCUCAUGGCAUCCACCAACUCUCACGAAGAGCAUGGCAAGGGAGGACUCUAUGUGAUAGAGCCCUGUAGAGUCUAUCAGAUCAAAAACAGAGCUACGUUCACGGGAUCCUUGAUAGCGCUCUUUAAAAGCACCAGUGGGAACAUGACAAAAUUGUCUCACGAAGGUGGUGCAUAUCUGUUCCCACACAUUGUUGAGGCCCUAUGCGAGAUGAUGGAAAAUCCUGUUGCGAACAACCGAGAGGUUUAUCUUUCGAAGGUCUUGGGUCGUGAGAAGAUGGAUGUCUUCAAGGUCUCGCACGACGGCUACUAUGCGGCUUUCAUUAUCAAGCAUGGACGUUUGAGGAUCAAGACUCUCUCCUGUCCCGGGACGGGCAAGUUUGAGGAAUUCGAGGAUGAUGCGGCAAUUCCAGCUCACUGGGAAGGUUUUUCCUUGUUGAAGUCGGUGGACUCCUUGGAGUUCGCUCUCGAAGAAGAUGACAAUAGAACCAUACAGGAUAGCAGUUCUGGUGACAUGAUUAUCAGCCGUCUUCUGAACACUACCCUUUGCCGUCGAGUAGGGCGUCCCAGAAGCUUCGCGAUAUACCGGACUCCUGCUCCUCCUAUUUCUGGAGUCCUUGAAGUUCGCCAAACGCUACAUAUAUCUCCUGGGCUCGCUGGCUUGGCCACUGCAUUCGACAAGCUCCCUAAGGAUAGUGUAACUCGAGAAGAGCUGCAGCGCCUCAGCCCCUCUACCCCCGCGGAAAUCAUGGAUGCGAUUUUCGGACUUUUUGAUAAUUUUCCUAAGGACGGCAAGAUAUCCUAUAACGAGCUUUGUGCCUAUCUCUUGCUGCACGCUGAAGGCGUUACUGAUGCUGAAAGGUCGGAGUUCACGUUUUCGAUCUGUGAUGCAAAUGGAGACAAUGAAGUCUCGAAGGAAGAGCUUGCUGAGGUCGUGGAGACUCUGGCAUAUGCCAAAUCCAAGGAUUGGAGCGUGGCUAAAGCUGUAUCCCUUCGCAUCGUGGAGGAUGCGUUCGCGAAGUCUGAUGAAGCUGAUCUCGACAUUCACGCUUUCACCGAGUGGAGUCGAGGACAGUCUGAGCAGGCCCAGGAAUUUCACUCCCUGGUUACGGGCACUAUUUGA